AUGGCAGAAACCCCUUUUCGUUUGAGGGGGGAUGUUAACACACUUCAAGUCUGUUAUUACAUCCCACCAGAAAUUGAAAAUCUACAACUCUUGUCAACUUUUGAUGUAAGCAACAACCAAUUAUCAGGAGUGUUGUCAUCUAACAUUUCCAGACUGAGUAACUUGGAGAGCUUAAGUGUUUUCACCAAUAAUUUCACUGGUAUGAUUCCUUCAGAGAUUGGAAACUUGAAGAAACUUAAAAGAUUGGAUCUUUCUAAGAACCAUCUCACUGGUCCAAUUCCAACCUCUCUAUGGAACCUAAGAAAUCUCAUCUUUGUGCGAAUUUUCGAAAAUAAUCUUUUUGGAACCAUUCCUCAAGAGAUUGGAAAUCUAAAACUUUUGUCAACUUUUGAUGCAAGAACCAACCAACUAUCAGGAGAGUUGCCAGUUAAUAUUUCCAGUCUUAGUAACUUGGAGGUGUUCUCUGUUCAUACCAAUAAUUUCUCUGGGACAAUCCCUAGAGACUUUGGGAAAAAUAAUCCUAAUUUGAAGAUCGUUAUGUUUGGAAUCAACAAUUUCUUUGGACAGUUGCCACAAGAUUUGUGUAGCGGCUUCAAUCUAGAGUAUUUGGGUGUAAAUAACAACAGAUUUACUGGGCAACUGCCCAAGUGCCUGAGAAACUGCACAAAAUUAAGAAGAGUAAGGCUUGAUGGAAAUCGAUUCAAAGGUGACAUAACCAAUGCAUUUGGUGUUCACCCACGCCUUAUUUCCAUGUUCUUAAACAACAACCAAUUCAUUGGUCAUGUUUCAAGUACAUGGGGACAAUGUCAGAAUCUCACCAGAUUACAGUUGGGUCAAAAUAAAAUCUUUGGAAGGAUCCCUUCAGAACUCGGGAGUUUGACAAAGUUGAAAGUUUUGAGCUUAGAUUCCAACGCGUUGAGUGGGGAAAUUCCAACUCAAUUAGGAAAUCUAAAAGUUUUGUACCAGCUUAAUCUCAGCAAUAAUCAUUUGACAGGCAAAAUCCCUACAAGCUUAUCAGGUUUGAGUGAGCUAGAGGUUCUUGAUUUUUCAGCAAACAAUUUAUCAGGUGAAAUACCACACUGGUUAGGUAAUUAUAAAGGAUUGGUGAGCUUAAACCUCAGUCAUAAUAUGCUAACUAGUGAGAUACCAACAGAGCUUGGAAAUUUGGUGUCUUUGCAACAUGUAUUGGAUCUCAGUAGCAAUUUACUCAUUGGAAAGAUUUCCUCAAGCCUCUCAAGGCUUACAAAGUUGGAAAUUCUCAACAUAUCUCAUAACCACUUGUCAGGUAAUAUUCCACACACAUUUUCCAACCUAAUAAGUAUAAGUUACAUCGAUUUUUCAUUCAACAACUUGACGGGUUCAAUCCCAACUGGAGGAAUUUUCCAAAAUGCAAGAACAAAUGCUUAUUAUUAUGGAAAUGUUGGUCUAUGUGGAAACUCUACAGGACUUAAGCCAUGCAAAACUCAUACCAGCAGAAGUAAAAGUGCUCUAAUUUUAAUUAUUAGUCUCGUUUGUGGCCUAGUUUUUGUUACUACCAUUGUAAUCGCUCUCAUAUUGUGCCAUAAAUUCAAAGUGUUAGAUAAACAAAGGAAAACUUCUAACCAAAAUGACACUCGCCAAUCAUUGAUGAUAUGGGAGAAGGAAGCAAAAUUCACUUUUGGAGAAAUUGUAGAGGCAACAGAAAACUUUGAUGACAAUUAA